GAUGUCGAUGCCCAGCUGUUGGCAAAUGAUCCGCUUUUCCACCAUCCGAUAACAUCGUCUCUAUACACAGGACAGCCCUCACUGUUUCUCAUCAUACCUGCUCAAAAUAAGCUUCUUGCGAAGACGACGGCCAUGUACGAUGUAGAAUAACGGAAAUAGGCUUAGAUCGCCCAGUGGAUGAGAGUGAAUCCUUUCAAAUUGGAUUUCUGUGUCCUUAAGGUCGUGUUGCAGUGCAGCAACGUAAGCUUUGCGUUUACCGGCGCUUGCAUCUCAACAGCGGGGACGAAGACAGUGGCAUAUUUUCAUUGACAGUAUUACUAAAGAACCGCGACUUGGGAUGGCUUUCACCAACGCUACCAUGCACAUAUUAGCCAUGUGAAAGAUCUGGAAAAACAGAAUGGGGAUGGCUGAGAGGUCGUGUGUGGUGGUGAGCAGCUGAGGUCGGCUGUGAUCUGGGUCUUCUCUUCUGACUGAGAGCAUGUACAGGAGGAAUGGAUUCCCUGCCAGCGUCAGCAUCACCUCCCGCCACACACAGGACAGCAGUAGUUCAGAGUCCCUGGAUGGACGGAGUUUGGACUCUGCCAAGAGUUUUGACGCGGUGGUGUUUGACAUGCUCAAAGUGACAUCUGAGGAGUUUGCUAGUCAGAUCACUUUGAUGGAUGCUCCUGUAUUCAAAGCGAUACAGCCUGAGGAGCUGGCGAGCUGUGGAUGGAACAAGAAGGAGAAGCAUAGCCUUUCACCCAACGUUGUGGCCUUCACACGGAGAUUUAACCAGGUCAGUUUCUGGGCAGUAAGGGAGAUAUUGACGGCUCAAACACUGAAAAUCCGAGCAGAGAUUUUGGGCCACUUCAUCAAAAUUGCCAAGAAACUCCUGGAGCUGAAUAACCUGCACUCUCUGGUGUCAGUGGUCUCUGCGCUUCAGAGCGCACCCAUCUUCAGAUUGAGCAAGACCUGGGCGUUGAUCAGUCGAAAGGACAAGGCCACAUUUGAGAAGCUUGACUUUCUGACGUCAAAGGAAGAGAAUUACAACCGCAUGAGAGAGUACAUCAGGUCCCUCAAAAUGACCCCCUGCAUCCCCUACCUAGGAAUUUACCUGUUUGAUAUGACCUACAUUGACUCCGCCUACCCUGCUUCUGAUAGCAUCAUCGAGACUGAGCAAAGAACCAAUCAGAUGAACAAUCUACUGCGCAUCAUCUCUGAUCUACAGGUGUCCUGUAACUAUGAUCAUUUGGUCAUGUUACCACACGUGCAGAAGUAUUUGAUGUCAGUGCGCUACAUCGAGGAGCUCCAAAAGUUUGUGGAGGAUGACAAUUACACACUAUCAUUGAAGAUUGAACCUGGGAACAGCUCACCUCGUCUGGUAUCUUCCAAAGAAGACCUUGGAGGACCCUCAGAAGAGUCUGUCUCAGUGAGGUAUAACCGACGACCAACCUGUCCUGAUACAUCAGUGGUUGCCCACCUUCCAACACCACCUCCUGCCCGACACAGGAAGAGCCACAGUCUGGGGAAUAAUAUGAUGUGUCAGUUUGGUGUGGUGGAGAGUAAAAGUGCGACAUUCCCUGCAAAAGAAAAGGCUCGACACCUACUGGACGACAGCUUCUUAGAGUCUCACAGUCCUGUCAGAAACCACACACAUGAUUCAGUAUUUACCAACGGCGUCUCACUUGGCAGUAGAGAGAGCUCUUUAAGUGAUGAAUUAUCAAGUACCGUUGAGAGAGGCCGUAUGUAUGCGACACUUGGUCCAAACUGGCGAGUCCCAAUCUGUAACUCUCCCAGAAGUAGAAGUUAUAUUUAUGGCACCCCAGGGGCAGUUUCCAGCUAUGAAUGCAGUUCUCUGAGCAGUAUAACCAUUGAAGGGCCCCUGCGAAGAAAGACACUGAUGAAGGAGGGUAAAAAACCCACUCUCUCAUCCUGGAAGCGCUACUGGAUUGUCCUGUCUGGCUCCAUUCUCAUCUAUUUUGGUUCUAAAGCUCUAAGAGCAAAUGAGCGAAGACAUUAUAAAUCCAGGCCAUGUAAAAAGAUCACGCUCACAGGUUGGAUGGUGGUUCUGCCAGACAAUCCCGAACAUCCAAACAUUUUCCAGCUUACUGAUCCUGAUAGAGGUAAUGUUUACAAGUUCCAGACUGGAUCACGUUUCUCUGCGAUUAUCUGGCACAGACAUUUAGCCGAGGCGUGCAGGAGUACAAGACCACAAAUACCAGCAAACCUCAUGUCCUUUGAAUAGCUGCUUUUUGGGAAGUGGAAUACUAAUGAAGGGAAUAAACCUACUGGAGAAAGACAAUGCAGAAGAGUUUAUCCGAGGGGGACGGCAUGUUAAACCUAACAUAGUCGGAAAUGUGGCAGCUGUAUCUGUUGAAAAAGUCUAAAGUUCAUUCAGACAUUGUAGACACAGCUGUACUGAGAGGAUGGUCUUGUGUCUUGAGAUUAGUGGCAACACUUUAUAAUAAGGUUCAAUUUGAGUUAAAG